GACUUCUCCCCGGUUCGUGUCGCUUCCUUCGCGAUGGGCAACGCCAUAGCUUCGAAGCUCCCGCCGGUGACGGAUAAGGAUCUGAGGACCGUGCUGUCCUACAAUCUCAAUGAGAGCCACAUCCGAUCCGUGUACAAACUGUUCACAGAGAUUGACGUGGACUCCAAUGGAGUCUGGACCGUCAGCGAGAUGUACAGAGUCCUGAAGGAGCCUCGACUUUCGGUGCGAGCUCCGGUCAUUGACACCAUCUUCUUCAUGGGUGACAGCAACAGCGAGGGCAGCAUGACCUUCCAGGACUUCCUGGUGACAAUGUGCUCCUUUUGCGCUCUGUCCAAGGAAGAGAUGCUGCAGUUUCUCUUCAUGAUCAUCGACAUUGACCGAAACGGUACCAUCGAGAAGGAAGAGCUCCUGAACUUCUUCUCUUACGUCCCCGCGGGCUCUGAAGAGGGUCGGGGCGAGCCCGUCUUUCCGGUGAACAACAAGAAUGCCCUGGACAAGUUUCGGGGCGGCAAGUGGAACUGUUUGCAGUUCGAUGGCCUGGCGCAGCUCUGCGAGCUCUUCCCGUACAUCGCAUACCCUGCCUACCAUACGCAGGACAUGUACCGGAAGAUCUUGCUGGGGAAGAAUUUCUGGGAGCGCCUGGACUACGAGCGCAUCAAGUACCAGACCGUGGUGAGGACGAAGCGCGUGCGCAUGCCCUUCACCAAGAAGAAGAUCGAGGUCAAACUGCCGGGUCGCUGCACCAUGCAGGAGCUCUUGGAGUACUCCCGCCGCAACACGGCGGUGCAGGGCGGCAAGCGCGUGACCUCUCAGGAUGCCGGCGAGGCAGAGUCCACGCUUGCCAAGGAGCGGGAUUUGCAGAUCCAGCGGAGCCCCAUUCUGAACAUGAUCCGCAAUCCGCGGUGUAUGUACUACAUCCCACAAGAGGGUGGCAAGAACAUCCAGAAGCAGCAAGGGCAUCGCUCUGAGCUGGACGUGGGAGAGCAGGACAUAGAGAGCGACGGAGAGGGCGACAUGGACAUGUUGGGCGACGACACGGGAGGAGGCGUCAUUACCGGCGCCCCCAACAAUGCGGAGCACAUGUUGCAGAUCGUCACCGCGAUGCAGAUGAAGCAAAAUGAGCGGGUCAUCAUGGACGAGUCCUCCGACGAUGAAGGUGCGGCGUCCGACUCGGACCUGGCGCUCUCGGAUGGCAGCCCCCACUCCCACUGAUCCGCUCGGAGCGAGCACGCGCGAUGGGAUCUGUUGGAUCGCACGGUUCGGUUUCCCCGAAGCGUGGCGAAGGCUUCCUGUC